AUGUUCUAUCAGGUUAGGAUUCCACCAAGAGACAUGCACGUCCACAGAUUCUUGUGGAGAAAAUUUGAAGAGCGUUCACCUGACACAUAUGUUCUCGCCAUUGUGACGCCGGGGGAUAAACCUGCACCAGCCAUGACAUUGACUGCACUACUAAAGACAGCUAUGGAAAAUGAAAUUGACCACCCACAAGCCGCAGCAACUUUACAGCGAGACACAUACAUGGACGAUAUUUGCACUUCAGUAAAGAAUGAAAAGGAAGCCAUUGAACUGACUAAGGAGAAAGACAACGUCCUAUCCACAGCAGAAUUUAAAGUUAAAAAAUGGGUCUCCAAUGCUAAACUACAUGUUGACCAAGAUCACUCUGAGCAACCUGUGAUGUCUGAGGACACUGAGCAGAAGGUAUUAGGUGUCGUGUGGGAGCCAAAGACAGAUGAGCUAGAGUACAAAGUACAGCAAGAUGAAUUACACGGCAGACUUACCAAGAGAACCGUACUGAGUGAAAUCUCAAAAAUCUUCAACCCAAUUGGAUUUGCCGGUGCAUUCCUGAUACGAGCCAAGAUAAUGGUACAGCGACUUUGGGCAGCAGGAGUUGGUUGGGACGAUGAAUUAGAUUCUGAAGAGACAUCCAACUGGUUCAAGUUCUUUGCCGAGAUGAAGAGUCUACAUGGUAUUUCAUUUAAGAGAUGCUUGAUCCCUGAACCAGAUGCUGAAAAUUUACAGUUAAUCAUCAUCUGUGAUGCGUCUGAGUGUGCCUUUGGCGCAGUGUGCUACACUAGAUGGGAGACAUCUAAUGGUACGUUUGGUGUAGGAUUCUUGACCGCAAAGUCCCGAGUUGCACCCCUGAAGGCAUUAACAAUUCUGAGGUUGGAGCUACAAGCAGCUGUGGUAGCCACCAGACUAUACACAUCUAUAACCAAGGAAAUGACUGUAAAGUUAAAAAAAUAUAUUUUCCUCUCAGACUCGAUUAUUGCUUUAUCCUGGAUAAGAGGUCAGUCGCGUCUCUACAAGCCGUUUGUUGCCAACAGAGUGUCUGAGAUCCAAGGCAACACCGAUCCAUCAGACUGGAAGCACAUACCAGGAGAGUUCAAUAUUGCAGACAAAGUCUCCAGAGGCGUAAGUGUGAGUGACUUAAAAGGUGAAUAG